AGUCAUUGCCCUACGACAGCAAUAGAGACACCUGAACACCAACAUUCAUGGCAGCAGUGUUCACAAUCGCCAAGCUCUGGAAACAACUCAGGUGCCUACAACUAGCGAGUGGAUCGAGAAAAUGUGCUCUGUGCACCGGGGAUGCCUCACAUGGUUUCACUUUUGCAAACAUUUGUUUAUAUCCUUCGAGAGGAAAGCAUCUCAGCCUGCCACAGGAAACAACUUCUUUGGACAGCCUGACGAUGACUAAUUACACAGAGGCUCCUGAGGAUGAGUAUGAUGUCCUCAUAGUGGGUGAUCUGGACUUCAGUGAGCCGGAGCAAUGUGACAAACAUGCCACCAACGUCCUCUCGGCCCAGCAGGUUCUGCAGCUCUGUUCCACAGUGUUUGUGAUCGGUCUUCUGAACAUCUUGGUUGUAUUUAUCCUGAUAAAAUAUAAAGGACUCAAACAUGUGGGAAAUAUCUACUUUCUAAACUUGGCACUUUCUAAUUUGUGUUUCUUGUUACCCCUGCCAUUGUGGGCUCACAUGGCCUCACAUGGGACAAGCCUGAUCCAUCCCACAUGCAAAAUCCUGGCUGGACUCCACUCCAUAGCUUUGUACAGCGAGGCACUGUUCAAUGUCCUGUUAACUGUGCAAAGGUACCAGGUUUUUUCCCACCUACGAUGGUUAUCCUUGGCCCUCCAGACGGUGCCUGGAGGUGUCAUCACAAGCGUCCUGGCAUGGGUCAUUGCCACUGUGGUCACUUUGCCUGAAUUGGUGUUUUAUCAACUUCAGACAGAAGGCCACGAAGACAAGUGCUCUUUCCACACACCUCACUUCCUGCCAGCUGAAGAGACAUCCUUGAAGAGUUUUCUAACUUUAAAGACCAACAUUUUGGUGCUCGUUUUCCCAUUGUUCACUUUUCUAUUUUGCUAUGUCCAAAUCAGAAAACCACGACGUCUCGGGGAGCAGCAGUUCGAGCUCUUCAAGAUUGUUUUUGCAAUAAUGGUCAUCUUCCUUUUGAUGUGGGCCCCCUACAGUAUUGUCCUUUGCCUCUCCACUUUCCAAGAACGCUUGUCCCUUCAAGACUGUGAGAGCAGCUACAAACUGGACAGAAGUGUGCAGAUCACAAAGAUCAUUGGUGUCACCCAUUGCUGUGUCAACCCUCUCCUCUAUUUGCUUCUUGACAAAGAAUUUAGGAAAUACCUCUACAGUCUGUUCCCUGGGUGUAACAAUGAACCCAGUGUAGAUUCUGACCAAGAUCCAUCAAGGGAAGACCAUGACCAUUCCACCAAACUGUAACCUAGCUUGAUUCAAAGACAGAAGAAAUAAAUAUUGG